AUGAAUGCUGAAGGAACAUCUGGAUCUACUAGUAAAGGCGGAAGUAAAAAAGGAAGGAAAUUAAAAACUCUUACAGCUAUUAAAAAAAAGGAAUUAUGUGAAUAUAAACGUGAUAAUCCAUCCAAGUCACAUGAAACAAUUGCUGAAUUAUUUGAAAUAAGUAAAUCAACUGUGGGUGAUAUUUUGAGAACCAAAGAUAAAUGGCUUGCAGCUCAUUAUAGAAAAUUACUAUGCCAAGAUAGGAUUCAAGCAUUUGAUGAGCACCAAGAAUUUG